AGUUGGAAUUCCCUUCCUCCCCUUCCCGUAAGAUCAGUCGCAUGUCUCAACUGGUGCGCUCUACCUUUCCUGGAGUCCUCGUGGUGGUUUUUACACAAGCUGUUUCAAGAAACUACUCCAUGGCAGUCUAUCUCGUGAAGCAGCUGUCCUCGACGGUGUUGCUGCAGAGAUUGCGAGCAAAAGGCAUACGAAACCCCGACCACUCGAGAGCGCUGAUUAAAGAGAAGCUGACUGCCGAUCCGGACAGCGAAAUAGCAACAACAAGCUUAAGAGUUUCUCUGCUUUGUCCACUUGGUAAAAUGCGGCUAACCAUACCAUGUAGGGCCCUGACUUGCUCACACCUGCAGUGUUUUGACGCCACCUUGUACAUCCAAAUGAAUGAAAAGAAACCAACUUGGGUCUGCCCUGUCUGUGACAAGAAGGCUCCCUAUGAACACCUCAUCAUUGAUGGGUUGUUCAUGGAGAUCCUGAAGUACUGUACAGACUGUGAUGAAAUUCAGUUUAAGGAGGAUGGAUCAUGGGCUCCUAUGAGAUUGAAGAAGGAAGUGCAGGAAGUAACUGCAUCUUACAACGGAGUUGAUGGAUGCAUAAGCUCUUCCUUGGAACAUCAGGUGUCUUCUCACCAACAGUCAAAUAAGAAUAAGAAAGUGGAAGUGAUUGAUUUAACCAUCGAUAGCUCCUCAGAUGAAGAGGAAGAAGAACCAUCUGCAAAGAGAAGCUGUCCUUCCAUAUCUCCAGCAUCGCCGUUAAAUAACAAGGGCAUUUUAAAUUUACCCCAUCAAGCAUCUCCUGUGUCAAGAACACCAAGCCUUCCUGCUGUCGACACCAGCUACAUCAAUACAUCACUUAUCCAGGACUACAGGCAUCCAUUCCAUAUGACACCUAUGCCUUACGACUUGCAAGGUUUAGAUUUCUUCCCUUUCCUGUCAGGAGACAAUCAGCAUUACAACACAUCCCUUCUUGCCGCUGCAGCCGCGGCGGUUUCCGCCUCAGAUGAUCAAGAACUCUUACACUCUCGUUUUUUCCCAUAUACUUCAUCUCAGAUGUUUCUCGAUCAGCUAAAUGCAGGAGGAAGCAGUUCUCUGCCGGCCACAAAUGGUAGCAAUAGUGGCAGUAACAGCAGUCUUGUUUCCUCCAACAGCCUGCGAGAGAAUCAUGGUCAUCCAGUUGCAAGUAGGAGCAGCACGGACACGGCCUCUAUCUUUGGUAUCAUACCAGACAUUAUUUCAUUGGACUGAUUUUUUUUUCUUUUUUUGGAGUGAACGAACUCGGCGGAGGAAAAUCUUUGUGCUUGGUUUUACUUUAUGUUAGAAACAUAGACG